AUGGUUUUACAAAAUAGCGGCCGGUAUAAAGCCGACAGAGGCGGAGGAGACCAAGACGCCAAACAAGAUGAGGGGUCUUCCUUAUCGGCUGUCAAACGGCUCGAGCGCAGCCAGUUCACCGAUGAGAUGGACGCGCGCUUUGGGUUCGAGAGGAUGAAGGAGCCAGGAGAGAAAACCGGCUGGUUGAUUAACAUGCACCCGACAGAAAUUCUUGAUGAUGACAAAAGGAUGAUCAGUGCGGUGGAUUACUAUUUUAUUCAGGAGGAUGGAAGUAGAUUCAAGGUUGCCCUCCCCUAUAAGCCUUACUUCUACAUUGCCACGAAAAAGAACUGCGAGAGAGAGGUCAUCUCCUUCCUGUCAAAGAAGUUCCAAGGCAAAGUGGCUAAGCUGGAGAUAGUCCCCAAGGAAGACCUGGACCUGCCUAAUCACCUGGUGGGACUGAAAAGGAGCUACAUCAAGCUGUUGUUCAACACUGUGGAUGACCUUGUCAAGGUCAAACGCGAGAUUGCUCCAGCGGUGCGGAAGAACAGAGAGAAAGAGAACUCUAACGACACGUACACAAACAUGCUGUCCAGCGCGCUGGUUAGUGGAAGCGUAACGGCUGCUGACGAGGAUGGGACAUCCAAGAAAAUCGCUGACCAGAUGGACAACAUCGUGGACAUGAGGGAAUAUGACGUUCCUUACCACGUCCGUCUGUCGAUCGAUCUCAAGAUACACGUGGCUCACUGGUAUAAUGUCCGUUAUCGUGGAAGUGCUUAUCCUCCUGAGAUUGUCCAGAGGGAUGAUCUGGUGGAGCGACCGGAUCCAGUGGUUUUGGCUUUUGAUAUUGAGACCACCAAACUUCCUCUGAAGUUUCCAGACGCUGAAACGGACCAGAUAAUGAUGAUCUCCUAUAUGAUUGAUGGACAGGGUUACCUGAUCACAAACAGGGAGAUCGUCUCCGAGGACAUCGAGGAUUUUGAGUUCACCCCCAAACCAGAGUACGAGGGCCCGUUUACCGUCUUUAAUGAACCAGAUGAGGCCUCCCUCAUUCAGAGAUGGUUUGAACACGUUCAUGAAACCCAGCCCAACAUUUUCGUCACCUACAACGGAGACUUUUUCGACUGGCCGUUUGUGGAGGCGCGUGCAGCGCAGCAUGGGCUGAAUAUGCACAGUGAGAUUGGCUUCCAGAAGGACAGUCAGGGUGAAUAUAAAGCCAGCCAAGCCAUUCACAUGGACUGUCUCAGGUGGGUAAAGAGAGACAGUUACCUUCCUGUGGGUAGUCAUAACCUGAAAGCAGCAGCCAAAGCCAAACUGGGUUACGACCCAGUGGAACUGGAUCCAGAAGAGAUGUGUCGCAUGGCCACAGAGGAACCACAGACUCUGGCUACCUACUCAGUGUCUGAUGCCGUGGCCACGUAUUAUCUCUAUAUGAAAUAUGUACAUCCCUUCAUCUUUGCCCUCUGCACUAUCAUUCCUAUGGAACCUGACGAGGUGUUGCGUAAGGGCUCAGGCACCCUGUGUGAGGCGUUGCUGAUGGUCCAGGCCUUCCACGCCAACAUCAUCUUCCCCAACAAACAGGAGCAGGUCUUCAACAAACUCACUGACGACGGCCACGUCCUGGACUCCGAGACUUACGUCGGCGGCCACGUGGAGGCUCUAGAGUCCGGGGUCUUCCGUAGUGACAUCCCCUGCCGCUUCAAAAUGAAUCCUGCCGCGUUUGACUUCCUCCUGCAGAGGGUGGAGCGGACUCUUCGUCACGCCAUAGAGGAAGAGGAGAAGAUCCCUCUGGAGCAGGUCACCAACUUCAACGAGGUUUGUGAGGAGAUAAAGAAGAAACUGGUGUCUCUGAAGGAAGUGCCCAACAGGAUAGAGUGUCCACUCAUUUACCAUCUUGAUGUGGGGGCCAUGUACCCCAACAUCAUCCUCACCAAUCGCCUGCAGCCCUCGGCCAUGGUGGAUGAGGCCACAUGUGCUGCCUGUGAUUUUAAUAAACCCGGAGCAAACUGUCAGAGGAGGAUGGCCUGGCAGUGGAGAGGAGAGAUCAUGCCAGCGAGUCGCAGCGAGUUCCACCGUAUCCAGCAGCAGCUGGAGUCUGAGAAGUUUCCUCCUCUCUUCCCCAAUGGACCUCCCCGUGCCUUCCACGAGCUCACGCGUGAGGAGCAGGCUCGCUACGAGAAGAAACGCCUGGGAGACUACUGUAGGAAAGCGUAUAAGAAGGUCCAUCUGACCAGGCUAGAGGAGAGGGUCACGACCAUCUGUCAGAGGGAGAACUCUUUCUACGUGGACACGGUCCGAGCCUUCAGAGACCGGCGGUACGAGUUCAAAGGCCUGCACAAGGUGUGGAAGAAGAAGCUGUCGGGGGCUCAGGAGAGCGGGGAUGCCGCGGAGGUCAAGCGCUGUAAGAACAUGGAGAUCCUGUACGACUCUCUGCAGCUGGCCCACAAGUGCAUCCUCAACUCCUUUUACGGUUACGUCAUGCGCAAAGGAGCUCGGUGGUACUCCAUGGAGAUGGCUGGGAUUGUGUGCUUCACUGGAGCUAAUAUCAUCACCCAGGCCAGAGAACUCAUUGAACAGAUAGGACGUCCUUUAGAGUUGGACACAGACGGUAUCUGGUGCGUCCUGCCCAACACUUUCCCCGAGAAUUUCGUCAUCAAGUCGACCAAUGAGAAGAAACCCAAAGUCACAAUCUCCUACCCUGGAGCUAUGCUCAACAUCAUGGUCAAGGAGGGCUUCACCAAUCACCAGUACCAGGAGCUGGUGGACCCUGCCUCUCUGACCUACGAGACGCGUGCGGAGAACAGCAUCUUUUUCGAGGUGGACGGGCCCUACCUCGCCAUGAUCCUCCCUGCCUCCAAAGAGGAAGGCAAGAAACUGAAGAAGAGGUAUGCUGUGUUUAAUGAGGAUGGCUCUCUGGCCGAGCUGAAGGGCUUUGAGGUGAAGCGGAGAGGAGAGCUCCAGCUCAUUAAGAUCUUCCAGUCCUCGGUGUUUGAGGCUUUUCUGAAGGGAACCACUCUGGAGGAGGUCUACGCCUCCGUAGCCAAGGUGGCUGACUAUUGGCUGGACGUGCUCUACAGCAAGGCUGCCAAUAUGCCGGAUGCCGAGCUGUUUGAGCUGAUCUCGGAGAACCGCUCCAUGUCUCGGAAGCUGGAGGAUUACGGCGAGCAGAAGUCCACCUCCAUCAGCACGGCCAAGAGGCUGGCGGAGUUCCUGGGUGAUCAGAUGGUGAAGGAUGCUGGGCUCAGCUGCCGAUACGUCAUCUCUCGAAAACCAGAGGGGUCCCCAGUCACUGAGAGGGCCAUUCCUCUGGCGAUCUUCCAGGCGGAGCCAAGUGUGAAGAAACACUUCCUGCGCAAGUGGCUGAAGAUGCCGAGUCUUCACGACCUGGACAUCAGAUCUAUCUUAGACUGGGGAUAUUACAUAGAGAGACUGGGCAGUGCUAUUCAAAAGAUCAUCACCAUUCCUGCAGCUCUCCAACAGGUGAAGAACCCUGUGCCCAGAGUGCGGCACCCGGACUGGCUCCACAAGAAACUUCUGGAAAAGAAUGACAUCUACAAGCAGAAGAAGAUUAGUGAGCUUUUCACCAGUGAGGGCAAGAGACAGAUUGCCCAUCAGGCAGUAGUGCCGGGACAGGCGGCAGACAUGGAGGAUUUUGGGAUGCCCCGGCGCCCUCUGCAGCCUGCCAUUCCCAUCAGCACCAAGAGGAAGCGCGCCUCUCAGGGUGAGGACAGCCAGGUCGAGUCUCAAGAGCUGGCACUUACCCAGUCCUGGAGAGAGGUCCUGGGCCCACCGCCCCCUAUGGGUACAACACAGGAGGAGCGUCUCGUGUGGCUGCGCUACCAUAAGAAAAAGUGGGAGCUGCAGAUCAGACAGAGGAAAGAGCGGAAGAAGAGACGGCGGAUGAUUGACGGCGAGCCUCAGCCGUCCGGAGGAGGGGUGAUCAGACACGGACCAGUCACGGGCCUGGGCAACUUCCUCCGGAGGACGGCCCGUAGCAUUCUGGACAUGCCCUGGCAGAUUGUCCAGAUUGCAGAGACCAAUCACCCGGGCCUGUAUAAGCUAUGGGCAGUGAUUGGCAGCGACCUGCACUGUAUGAAGCUCAACAUCCCUCGUGUGUUCUAUGUCAAUCAAAGAGUUCCCAAGCAGGAGGAGGGAGCCACGUAUAAGAAGGUUAACCGGAUGCUUCCGCGCUCUAACGUGGUGUAUUACCUUUACCAGUACACGGUGCCUGAGGAUAUGUACCAGGAACAUAUCAAUGAGAUUAAUGCUGACCUCUCUGCCCCCGAUAUAGAGGGUGUAUAUGAGACCCAGGUGCCCUUGCUGUUCCGUGCUCUGGUGCAGUUGGGCUGUGUGUGUAUGGUGAACAAACAUGUGGUGAGAGACCUGGCGGACCGGGAGGCCGAUACCUUUGACCUGGAACACCUGGAGAUGAGAUCUCUGGCCCAGUUCAGCUACCUCGAACCCGGCAGCGUCAGACACAUCUACCUGUACCACCACGCUCAGGGUCACAAAGCCCUGUUUGGACUGUUUAUUCCCUCCCAACGCAAGGCCAGCGUCUUCGUCCUGGAUACGGUGCGGAGUAACCAGAUGCCCAACCUGGGCACGCUGUACGGGGCAGAGCGCACAGCCUUACUGGAGAAGACCAGUGAGGAGCUCCUGCCUCCGGAGAAACACACGUUCGAAGUGCGAGCGGAGAAUGACAUCAAAGCCAUCUACAGGGCACUGCAGAGAAUCCUAGUCAACUACAAGGAGGAGCGCCGUGGUCCCACUCUGAUCGCCGUGCAGUCUAACUGGGACCAGCGCAGACUGGUUUCGGGCAUGCCCGUACUAGAGGAGUUCCCCGUGGUGCCCGUCCACGUGGUGGAUGAGAUCAGCUACAGCGUCCUAGACUGGCAGCGCCACGGAGCCCGACGCAUGAUCCGACAUUACCUCAACCUGGACAGCUGUCUCUCCCAGGCCUUCGACAUGGCCAGGUAUUACCACCUGCCCAUCGGGAACCUGCCCCAGGACAUGUCUGUUUUCGGCUCUGACCUCUUCUUCGCCCGACACCUGCGGAAACACAACCACCUGCUCUGGCUGUCGCCCACCGCCCGGCCCGACCUCGGGGGGAAAGAGGCAGACGACAGCAGGCUGGUUAUGGAAAACGACGAGAGAGGAUCUAUGGAGAUUAAUGCAGCGGGCUGCUACUCCACAGUGAGUGUGGAACUGGACAUCCAGAGUCUUGCAGUAAACACGAUCCUGCAGUCUCAGCAUGUUAAUGACAUGGAGGGCGGAGCCAGCGUGGGCGUGAGCUUUGAUGUCAUCCAGCACGCCUCUCUGGAGGAAAUGAUGUCAGGGAACCAGGGUGCCAGCGCUGUGGCCAGUUAUGACGAGACGGCCCUCUGCUCCAACACCUUCAGGAUCCUGAAGAGCAUGGUUGUAGGUUGGGUGAGGGAGAUCACACAGUACCACAACGUUUACGCCGAUAACCAGGUGAUGCACUUCUACCGCUGGCUCCGAUCUCCCAGCUCCCUGCUCUACGACCCCGCCCUGCAUCGAACCCUGCUCAACAUGAUGAAGAAGAUCUUCUUACAGCUUGUUGCUGAAUUUAAACGUCUCGGUUCGUCUGUGAUCUACGGAAACUUUAACCGCAUCAUCCUCUGCACCAAGAAGCGACGCAUCGAUGACGCCAUCGCCUACGUAGAGUACAUCACCAACAGCAUUCAUUCCCGAGAGAUCUUCCACUCUCUGUCCAUCACGUUUUCCCGCUGCUGGGAAUUCCUGCUUUGGAUGGAUCCCGCCAACUACGGUGGAGUGAAGGGAAAGCUGCCCUCCAGUGUCCUGUACGGCGAGAAUGGAACUGGGCAGAAGAAGGGAGAGGGAGAGGAGGACAGUGAGGAUGAGGAGGAAGAGGAUGCUGCCAGGCGGGAGGAAGAUGACGACGGCGAUGAUGAUGAUGGCGGUGAAGAUGAGGUGGAGGACCUGAUUGAGAGCAACUGGAACAUAAUGCAGUAUCUGCCUCAGACGGCGUCCUGUCAGAAAUAUUUCCUCAUGAUCAUCUCAGCCUACAUAGCAGCUGUCUAUCACAGCAUGAGGGAGGAGCUUCGACGCAAUGCCCCGGGUGCCACUCCUAUUAAGAGGCGGGGCGGAAGUCAAGUAUCCCAGCAAGCGACAGGGGAUAUCAGCGCCCUUCCUGGCAUGAUCACCUUCUCCAAGGAGUAUGUGUCCAGUGAACUGACCCAGAACCUGUUCACCAUCACGCAGAAGAUCCAGAAGAAGGUGUCGGGAACCAGGAAUGUUGCCCUGCCGUCCGAAAUGUUCCCCGUUUUGCCCGGUUCCCACCUUCCCCUCAACAACCCCGCCCUGGAGUUCAUCAAAUACGUCUGCCAGGUCCUUUCCUUGGACACGAACAUCGUUAACCAGGUGAACAAGCUGAAGAGAGACCUCCUCAGGCUGGUAGAAGUGGGCGAGUUUUCGGAGGAGGCCCAGUUCCGUGACCCCUGUAACUCCUAUGUCCUGCCAGAGGUCAUCUGCCAUCAGUGUAACUUCUGCCGCGACCUUGACCUUUGCAAGGACCCCUCUAUGGCUCAGGACGGCUCGGUUUUGCCCCAGUGGUACUGUUCCAACUGCCAGGCCCAGUACGAGACUGAGUCCAUUGAGAUGGCGCUGGUGGAGGCCCUACAGAAGAAACUGAUGAGCUACACUCUACAGGACCUGGAGUGCGGUAAAUGCAGAGGCGUGAAGGAGGCGAACAUGCCCGUGUACUGCAGCUGUGCAGGAGAUUUCAGCCUCACCUUCUCCUCCAAGACCUUCUCGGAGCAGAUCAGAGUUUUCCGGAACAUUGCCGCCCACUACAACAUGAACUUUUUAUUGGAGACCAUUGAUUGGUUGCUUCACAUGAGCCCACAGCUCUCCUAG